UUAAUGUAACGGCUCGUGGAUAAGAGCGCGGAGGCAGUCAUGCAGAGUUUUUCAAAAACCAAAACUACCUUCACAAAAAGGAAGCUUAGGAUUUCCGACAUGCGUGCUUCGGGAGUUCCUCGCCACUCACGGACGUCCACGAAGCCGAACGAAAUUCCUCGAGAACUUGGCGUUUGGUGUGAAAAAUGCAACAACCGGCUUGUAGAACUGAAGAGGCAAGUUAUGAGAAUGAUUUUGCCGGAAAUCCAAGGCGUUUUACAGAAGGAUCGAAAGAUCAAAAAUAAUGCGGGCUCUCUUUCUGCAAGAAUCUUCGACCAGAUCCGAAUUCCAGAGACUCAGAUGAAGUCAUGGAAAAACGAUCAAUGUGAAGUUUGCGCCACAGACUUGAACCAACUUAAAAGAGAAGCAGUCGCCAUGGUACACACUCUGGAGGAAUCUCAGUUUCUCGCUUAUUACAACAUUCCCGGAUAUAUGGUGGGACCAAACGCUGACCAGCUCAUAAGACGGGCGGACAAGCAGCGUCUUCAAGCUGGGGUCGCCAUGGAAACGAACGAUCGGAGUGGCACGAUGUACGUGAAGACGGAGGAAGCGACCAUCAGUUCUUCGUUUUUGUCAAGAGCUGCUCAAAAGUUACUGUCUUCGAAAAAGAAGCACAAAAAGGGUCAAAGCCACAAACAAGAAGCGCUACCGUACCACCCCACCCCUGUGGUCCAACUGACCCCGUCAAGGCAUGCGCACAAGGAGGUUCAACCAUACCCCUUUCCUUCUAACUACAAGGAAGUGCUUCGAAUAUCAAGUCCAGCUGUGCCACCUGGCCUGCUUAAGAUGCAUACCAAGAGAACGGAUGGAAAGGUCAAAGUGAUGCUACGAAUCUGUCCAUCGUUUCCUGGAGAGACUGGGUCCUUUAUGAAAGUGGAUCAGAAACGAAAACAAGUCACACUGUAUGAUCCGAGUACAGUAGGUCACGUGUCACAAACGCACAGGAAAAUGGGUGUGGCUGCUCCAAAGAUGUUUGCAUUUGAUUCGAUCUUUGAGUCGGACUGCACUCAGGUUGAAGUAUGUUCAGGCUCUCUGGUAGAUGUUCUUCAAGCUGUCGUUGGUGGCUCUGAGGGCUGUUUGUUUUCGUACGGUCACGCUGGAUUAGGUAAAACUAACACUAUGGUUGGACGUGAUGAGAAGGAGCAAACUUUGGGGCUGAUCCCUUGCGCUCUGUCGUGGUUAUUCAGACUGAUUAGCGAGCAGAAACAGAAAACUGGGACGAGAUUUUCUGUUCGUGUCUCAGCAGUGGAGAUCGUCGGUCGCUCGGAAACCGUUCGGGAUUUGCUCACAGAACAAGCAACAGGAUCAGAAAAUGGCUCCGUGGACCCAAGUCCCAGCGUGUUCCUUCGUGAAGAUCGCAAUGGUGGAGCUCAGGAAAUUAACCCUACCGAGCUUCGGGUAGCUUCUGCUGAAAAAGCAGCUUAUUAUCUGGAUGCGGCUCUGGCCUCGAGAACCAGACCAGUAAACAACAAACCUGAGGAAAGCAUGAAUUCUCACAUGUUUUUCACUGUACAUAUUUACCAGUAGCGUGUCGAAGAAAAUUCUAAGAAUGUUGGGGGAGUUCACGGGGGGCGCUCCCGGCUACAUUUGAUCGAUCUCGCCAGCUGCGAAGGGUACACUGGGUCCAAGAAAGAUGGAGGUGCUAGCAGCAUGUCGCUGUCGGGGCUGGGAAACGUCAUCAUUUCUCUUAUAAAUGGCGCCAAGCACGUGCCACACAGGACUAGCAAAAUAACACGCAUGCUCCAAGAGUCUAUCGGAAACACAUCGUGUCGAACGACGAUGAUAGCGCAUGUGUCACCCUCGCUUCCAUUCUAUGCUGAAACCUUGGCCACUGUGCAACUAGCUACCAGGCUUCACCGUCUGCGAAAGCGAAAGGGAAAGGGAUCGAGUACAAGCUCAUCCGGCGGAGAAAGUUCUUGCGACGAGGCCCGAAUCCGCAAACCAAGACUUCGGACAGCCGAACCUAGGCUUCGGACCACAGCUUUAAACGAGAAACUCCGCGAAGAUUGCCCGAUCGGUGAGCCGGGUAGUUCCGACUACAACUCGAGCACGGGUGAAGAGUCGUGUGAUACUGUGAUUUACGUGGGUCCCGACGGGGCCAUAAGUGACCGGGACCUCACAGACAACGAGGGCCCACCAACAAGGCUCUCAAUUAGGAAAUCAAGCGUUUCCAGUAGCACAAGGUCCCUGGUGCGGAAACUCGAAGCGAUAGAGAACGAAGAAGCGGAGGAUAAGGACGAAGACACUGUCUUGAAACGCGAAGUCGAAGGAAGCGAGGAUAGCAGUAGCCUUUUCGGGGACGGAGGGAAGGAAGAACUAUUUUCAGAGAGGGAGCAAGGAGAAGGGAGGGAAUUUAGCGAAGAAUACACAGAGGAAUCGUCUUAUGAAACCGAAAUCGAAGUCAUACCCGAACCCCAGGCAUCAAGUCGCAAAAGACUUCUAGAAAACAAAGGAAGUUCUUCCAGCCUUUCAGAGACAUCAAACAAAGAAUCAAUAAAAAGAAGUAAGAGGCAAGAAAGCGACAUUUACAGCAACCCUGUUGUGAAGGAAAUAACAGCCGCAGCUCUUGACACCCUAAUUAUACCAUCUGGAUUGGGUCCCAACUUAGACAUUGAUGAAAGUAUGAAUUCUCGUAACAGCACUGUAGUUAUUCCGGUGCAAAGCUUUCCAGGCGAGGAGGACAAGCUAAGAACGCGUGUUGUGAGUCCGGAGACCUCAAGCGAAUCUUCGGACGGGGAGAGCAUCGUCAUGGCGAAAGCGCCAUCGUUUUCCUUCCUAACUUGCGAAGCUGUGAACGAAAUCCACUCAAAAUCUCUGGAAUCGCUCGAUGCCGAACAGGAUUUGUUCGACUAUGAAAUGUCUCGGCAGAAAGGCAUCACACGUUAUGAUUUUAACACUGCAAAUGUCUCCACAACUUCGUUCGAUUUUGAACGAGAUCACUGUGAUGACGAAGUUUUGCAUCAUUUCGAGAAUAAAGAUAACCAAGAAGGUGGCGAGACAACUGCAGAGCUUAUUGAAAACUGCCAACCUCACUCGCCGGUUUCGGACACGCCCGAUCUGUGUUAUGUCCUCGAGGAGACCCGAGAGGCAAGCUCCGACGAUUUCUCGUACGACGACACCGAGCUUGAGUGGGGAAAACAACUCGCCGACGAUGCGAUCAUAGCCGAGGCGUUUUGCGAAGAGGAAGAAUCUGAUAUCGAGGUUGAUCCACAUUUGGAAAGAAAUUUCACUGGAAAUGAAAAUGAUGUUCUUUUCCCGGAGCUCGAAGAAAGCUUGCGGGAUGUGAACGAAAUAUGCGCAGAGCCUGCGGCCGAGAAAGUCGUCCCACAAAAAAUGACCCAUCGGCCAAGUUCGGAUGAAAGUUCGGCGGAGUCUGAUACCGAUGCAACUCGUAGUUACACGUUCGGAACGCCGAUGAAAAUGUUCUACCGCCUGGUUCCUUCACCCCAGUCGUCCUCCACUGAAGACGAACUAGAAGAUUUUCAAGUGUCGAAGUCUUUUAAAAGUAAAACCCUUUCUCCGAUACCAGAAUUUCCGUCGGUUGAGUCCAAUCUGAAUCAGGCGUCUACGAAUUUUAGAAAAAAGCGAGCCAGUUGCAGUUAUAGCAUCGUCAGCGUUGAAAUCGACGAUGGAAAUACAACCAUUCAUGUGGAAGGAGACAAAGAGAACAUUCCUAUGAAAGAUAUAACGAACACAAGUAACAAAGGAGACCUUCGUUCGCUUCUCCAAAAAUUCGUCGCCGAGCAACUUAGAGAGUGCGAAGGGGAGAAAUUCUCUUCGCGCUACGCUCACGCAGCCUCUCGGCAUCCCGAGUAUCGCCGACCGCGUACAAAGCCGAACCGACGUAUCGUUCCACUGGCUUCGAGCGAUACUUCGGGUAACGAUAUGCUUCUACCUCCUCUUGUUCCGCAGAAACGUACGUGCACAGAAACUGCGCGACUCAUUUCCAGUCCCAAGUUGCGGUAUAACGGCGAGAAAGAAUAUGACAGCGACAACGCACCUUAUCGCGGCAAAGCAGAGGAUGGGGACGAGUCGAGUGACAGUUCCAUGACAGCAAAGACAGAGCCGUGGUGUACGCCGGGUCGAAGCGCCGCUAGAUUACAUUUUGAUCCGGCAAACCCGAGACUUUCAUCAUUCUCCGUUGAUAAUGUGAAAACUAACGUUACAUUUCUUGGAAGCGAGGACGAAAAUAACAAUUUUCUCAAAACCAGCGACCUCGAACGGCCUUGCGUUAUAGAGAAUUGCGACAUGAAGAACGAGGAUGUUUCAACUUGUUUUUCCACUGAGAGACUCUCCCGGAAAGAUAGCGGCAGAGUUGAGCACUUUGUCAAGGCAGGGAACAGUCCAACUAGACGAAGCGACCGAACCUCUUUCAGCUCUGUCUCUAGUUUUGUAAAACUCACAUAUUGCGGCUCGGAGAUUUCAGACGCGGAAUUUGACAAACCCGAUGAGCCGUCCACCAAAGACAAUCAGUCUUCUAAUAUCUUACUUCCCAACCCUAGUAACACCAUUUCUAUUUCUGUUGAGCGACCGAUCAUACAGUGCAUUCCUCUUCAGCCAGAGACACCCUACGCACCACAAGAAAAAUUCAUCGCACGUUUCCACGACCGCUGCGCGCCACCGCGUAUCGUUUACCGAUUAUCUGGUGAGUUCGUAGCAACGAUACCUGGCUACGAUGCAACUGCGUUGCAAACGCAAAACGUAGACGGUACUCAGGUGGGAGCGAACCGUCAAUACCGCUUAUCUGGAGAAUUUGUGGCUACGUUUACGACGUGUACAGAAACGCAAAACGCAUCAACUCUAGCGCUGAUUUCAUCCACCACAGAGGAAGGUAAUAAUAGCACAAGAACCGAAAGCACAGACGUGGUCUGGGUAACUAAUGAGCCCGUGGUAUCUACUGGAGAUCUGACAGCGGACGAAACGUCAGGGCCUUCAACACCUGUUGCAUUAGGAAAAAGGAACGAAAAGACAAGGAGGUUCAAAUUUUUCGGACGAGACCGUGGUAGCUACAGCAGCGGUCACGCUAGUGACAGUAGCAUCGGAGAUUCCCCAGGACCUCGCGGACGAAGUCGGUCGCUGAAAAGACUAAAGUCGUUAUCUUCUCGAUCCGAUGCAGCCAGCAGCAGUGGUUACGAGAGCAUGCGAAAUGAUGCAAGUCACGCCUCAAGUGACAGUUGUAGUGAGAAAGGUCUGAGUCGCGGGAAAAGGAAAGGUAGAAGUCGUUCUGCCUCACCAGGAUCCAGUACAAGAAAAUAUUCUCCCAGGCGCUGGUUUUCGAGGAAGUCUUUGGAGCCAGUUCAGAUUAAGGUUUAUGAAGUCGACGACAUCGAAAAAGUUCAGCAAGCUAUGGAACCAAACUUUCAGUGGCAAGAUUCUGAACAGAGAAAAACCCGCAUUGCAUCACUGAGACAGAGGCAACGAAAUUUAAAGGAAGAAUUCUCGGCAGCCAAGAAUCGAUUGCUCGACGAAAACCAGAGAUGGAGCUUUGGACUGAAAGCCGAGAAAGAACUUAAUUGGGAAGAUCCACGUUUUAUAGAUGCGUUAGAAGUGGAAAAUAAUAACCUCCGGCGGCGAAUUUCAGACUGCAAGUCAAGUAUCAUGAUGGUAACAUCAUUUGACAAACGAACCACACAAGUGUGAAAUCGAUGACGUCAUCAACGAAUGUUAUAUUGUAUAAUGACGUAAGCGUGUGUUGUAUGGUAUGUUUUAACUGGAUCCACGAUCGUUUGGUCAGGAAAAAAAUUUGGCCGGCGUAUUUCCUAUUCUCAGGGGAAACUAGUUUCAUUUCUCGUAUUUUAAGUUUCGAUAGGAUCACAGAAAAAGGAUUUCAGUACAAUGUCGUUAUUUUGAAAUAGAUAUCCUCAUUAUCAAAAAACUAAGUUAUUUUAAAUUUCUUUAUAGGCCCUCAAACGGUAUUUAUACAGCUCAAUCAGAAGUAUAUUUUUAACAUUUCAGUGAAAGUAAUGUUAUUAUUUUCCCUAUAGAAAGAACGUUUAUCGAUAAGUUAAUAUAGUCAGAGAACUACGUUUGUUAAGUGUUUAGAGAACGUGAAUCUCAUACAUCAAUGAUUUAAGACAUUUAAAAGUCACGAUCGACAGAAUAUAAAAGCCAUUUUUGAUACUGCUAUGAAAAAAAAAAAAAUUGGCUAAAUCCCGCUGCGAGAGAUUUGCUUGCAAACAGAAAUAUUUAAAUUCUGUUUUUUUCGAAGCGGUGUUGAAGAUAAAGGGCUUUCCUUGGGCAAGAAAAAAACGGUUUUUCUUAUAGCCGCCAUAAUUUAUCAUUGUUGAUUGUGCAGGCGUGCUUGAUUCCCUCCCUCAGCCACUCAGACGUGUAUCAGCCGCAACUCGCUAAGUGAAAGUUCAACAUACGACCAGUUCAACAUACGACCAGUCUUCAAUUUUUAAAUGUUAUUUAAAAUAUAGAUGAAAUUGACUUUCAGAUUCCAGAAAGGAAAAGUAAGAGAUACUUUUAAAUGUGUGUGAACUCUCAAGAGAUAUAAGCAAGAGACUUUCGAAGUAUACCAUGGUUGAGAGUUUACGAUUUCAAGAAAUGUAAAUUACUGUACUGUAAGAAUGAACUCGAAUGUGGUACGAAGUGUAUGGUAUUGGGUGAAAUUAGGAUCGUUGAAAAUGACUCGUGAUCGUAUUGUAGAAAGAUAAUUUAAUGAUAGUAACUUCCUAUUUGGGCUGCUCAGAACGAUCUUUAAAUGCAAAAGUGAAGUAAUUUCGCCUUGCAAAGCUCUAGCCGGAAAGAUUUGUUUGAGUUUCCAACCUGUCAAAUAAAUGGGUCUAGUUACACAAAUUUGUAAUUUCUACCCAUACACACCCUUCAGAGUUUAUAAAAUUAUAUUGUGUACAUUUUUGGUAUGUGAAUAAAAUUGAAGUUCAAAAUAAAGGUAACUUGUUAAUGU